AUGAAAAAAGUCAAUUGGGAUGAAAUUAAUAGAUUUAUAAAAAAUGACUGCUUACAAGUCAUCUCAUAUGGUUUCAAUCCAUAUGAUUUUGCUGUGGAAAAUUGGAAUAAUGGCACAAAUGCAGGUUUUAAUGUCGAUGAUUUACUUAGACAGUCUCAAACAUUUGCGUUACAGAUCGCAGAUGAAUAUGCAGUUCCUCUCGAAGUUAAUGCAAAAACAUAUACAAAGAAAGCAGAGUUAAGGAAAGAAAUUGACGAUUUUCUGACAACCAAAAACAGAGUCAUCGAAAAAACCAGAGCAAGAUUUACAAUUGAUCCAGAAGAUCUUAAACAAAAAUGGCUGAAAACAGUUAAACUCGAGAAAGAAAUAGAAUUAUUUGAACAAGUUGAGAACCUUGUUACUGUUUCUCGAAUUGUUUACUCGAAAAUAGAGCAAGGUAAGCAUGAUGAGGCUGUCAGACACAUAUGCGAAGCAUUACAAAUCUAUUCAGAUCGUAAUUUUCAUCAAAUUGAAUCUCUGGACUCAGUGAAAGAAGGAAUCGACAAAGCAAGAAGCGAUAUGGUUGGACAUGUUAUGAAUUCAUUAUUCUCAUUACUCUUCAUUAAGCAAAGACUUCCAGGAAUUUCAUUUUUCAGACCAUAUCCUCAUUCUGAAAUCAGAAUUCCUCGUGUUGAUACAUCACAAAUCGAAGAAUAUACAAUCCUCCUCAUCCGUCUUGAAAUACAAAAUGAUUUCUUCACUCAAUUAAGAGAAACAGUGAGAGAUCGUCUUGCUCUUCUCAUGUCUGAAACAGCAGAGUCCAUAAAAGUACAAAAGAUCAGACAAUUCGCACAAAGUAAAGAUGGAUUUGAAGAACUCGUUGACAUUGCAAACAAUUAUAACAUGUCUCAUCCACUUGUCAUGUUUAUCGACCAAUUAUUAUCUAAAAUGUGGGUUCUCAUGUCAAGAUGUAAGGCUUUCGAUCAGGUUUUCUCCGUGGAAAAUACAAAUGGUGUCGCAUUUGCAAAUGCUUACGCCGAUGUUGAUGAAUUAAUCAGAGACAUUGUCACUGCAUUUACAAGUGUCCAAGGAAGCAAAACAAUGUACACAGCAAACAAAUUAUCAUACAAAUUUUUGUCAUCUGAAACUGCCCCUCAAAAUUCAACGGCAUCUCAACUCAGAUCCGAAUUAGGAAUUAAGCCAUGUUCAGCAAAUUCAUUACACAUCUUCAUGAUGCUUGACGAUUUCAAUUCUUGCUUGAAAGAGAAAUAUAAUAUUUCUUAUUCUCAACUUUCCAACAAGAUGACAAUUGAUUUAGAUGUUAAGAAGAUAUUUGCUGACCAAACAAAGCUUAUUUCAGAUUCAAUUGAUGUUUCAAGACCUGUCAAAAUUGAAGCUCACCCAGUUCCUGUAUUAAUCUCCACUCCUUUGUUACUGGAUAACAUAGAGAAAUACGGAAAGAUCGCAGGAAGGUUCACUUACCUUCAAGACAUGAUUAUUAGUUUUAUGAUCCAAUUCUUGAAGGCAUUUAUAUCACGUUGUCUGAAUGAAAUAGGUCAUGUCAAGUCUGCUGAAUCUCAGGAACAGAUUCUUUCCUCAAGAAUGCUUACAAACGACAAAGAUAUUGUUUUGAAAUAUCUUGGAAAGACAAUUACAACCGAACUUGUUCUGAAAGACAACAUGGGAGACUAUGAAGAUAAUAUUAAAGAUCUCUCGCAAAUGGAAGAACAAAAUGAACUUGAUCUUGUUGAUAAAAGUCAACCUCUCACAAUAGAAAACACAAUUCGCGAAAAGUUCUGUCUUCCAACAAUUGCAGCAACAGCAGAAUCCAUUGUUGUCAUCAAGAAUUCAUUAGAAAGUUUGUUAAUUUCUCAAAAGUAUACUGAUUCUAACAAUAGUGUCAUCAGAUCUCUUAUUACAAAGUUAGAACAAACACUUGUUCGCGCAAUGAUCUUUAUCAGAUUAGAAAUGAGAUGCAGAACUUAUGUUGAUAUAAUUCAACCACUUUUGAAUGGAAAUUACACACCAUUGUCAUCACCAACAAAACCAGAUCAAUACGUUACUGAUUUCAUCUCAACUUACAACAGUUCUACAGAUAACAUCGGAAAUUGUUUGACACCAGCAAGGAAUUCAUUUGUUUUCAUCGGAAUUGCACGAUUGGUAUAUAAUAUCCACAUUAGAUACGUUCCACGAAUUAGAGAAAUAUCAGAUAAAGGUGCAGCACAACUUACAAUGAAUCUUUCAGCUCUUAAUCAACAUCUUUCAUCAAUUCAGUAUCCAGAGCAAUCCAUAUACAAGAAAGCUCUUGUCUUUGUUUCAAACAUCUCAUAUUCAACAGAUCGUAUUCUUAUGCAGAUUGCCCAGCAGAAGGACUUGUUCACAUACGAAGAAAUGGAACCAGUAUUUAACAUGCAACAGAAGAUGAACGAACGUCACGCAGAAAAUCUUGAUAAGCUUAGACAGCUCUUGAAGAAAUGA